AUGAAGAUGAAGAUGAAGAUGAAGAUGAGGAAGAGCGACGUCAGUGUGGGUCCAGUCUUUACUUUCUGUCUUCAGGAGGAGCUGUCGAAGCAGAUCUCCAGUCUGAUCCACAGUUUCCAGGACGUCGAUGGACAGUUCCUGUACCUGGAGAGCUUCCUGCAGACCUUCAAAAGGGAGUGGACCGGCAUCGACCGGCUGCGGAUGGACAAGUUCUUCCAGCUGGUUCGCUUCAUGUUCAGACAAACAUUUGAGAUGUUGAAGAGGAAAAACUGGGAGAGCAGUGUGGUCGGCAGGUUUCUGGAGCUGCUGACGGUGCAGGUCCUGCAGAGCGGCAGCGGAGCACCCAGCGGGCUGCAGUUCCACAUCCUGGACCUUUACAUGACUGAGCUGGCAACCGUGGGCUCAGCAGAGCUCACCGCCGAUCAGAACUUAAUCUUCAUCGAGCCGUUCUGCAAAACCGCCGCCAAAACCAAAGAUCGGGGUCUUUUCAGAACCAUCUGCAGCAGCAUCUUCAGCGCCAUUAUCGACCAGGCUCCCUUCGCCAUCGACGAGUUGAUGAAGGAGGUGAAAGCGGCCUCGGACUCGGACUCGGGACAGGCUUCUGAAGGGGACGACGGAGAGGAGCAACAAACGGCAAGCAAACCGGUCGGCAAGAAGAAGACGGGGAGGCCGAUUAACGGCAAGAAAUCAACUGAAGAAGAAGAAGACGAGGAGGAGGAGGAGGAGGAUGAGGAUUAUGAUGAUGAUGAUGAUGAUGAUGAGCUUCUUCACUUGGAAGACUCGGACUCAGAGGCACCGUGUGACGAAGACAUCGGACCAGUCCUACAGUUUGACUAUUCAGCUCUGGAAACAAAGCUACUGCGGGACCUCAGCGAGCAUUCUUCCCCUCAGGAUGAGUUAUUCCAGAGGAGUUCCACAGCGAGGAUGACCGACAUGUUCGGCCCAGCAGGAAGAGAUGAAGAGGAGACAAACCUUGCAUGGAGGGAUGAGGAGGAGGGAGGAGGCGCCAGCAUCAAGAAAAGUAAAGGGAAGAAAAAGGAGGCUUCCACGCCCAACAAGCAAAACAAGAACUCUGCACAAGAUGACGCAGAACCAGCAGACAUAACCACAAACCCUGAAGACAAAAAGAAAAAGAGGAAGAAGAGGAAGAAGAAGAAGAAAGCAGCUGGCGAGGGCAACGUUGAGAAGUCUGAACAGGAACAGAUUGUGGAUCAAAGUUCGGUCAAAGAGACCGAAGCAGAGACGCAAAGCUCCAUCUCGUCUGUAAAAGUCACCGAGGACGCUGCUCCAGAGGGUCGGUCGGAGGCUGCUUCAGUUACAGUUUCAGAGGAAACCAGCGAACCGACCUCCUGCGCAGCCGACGGCGGCGAGGACCAAACUGAAAAUAACACGAAGGAGGAGCCGGCAGAGAAAAAGCAGACGAAGAAAAAGAAGAACAAAGGCCUGAGGGCGAACUCGCAAACAGACGCGACUGCGGCCGAAUCGCAGGUCAGUGCGGAAGCAGAGAUCAAUGCGACACCUGAAACUGACGCCACGACCGCCGCCAAGAAGACAAAGAAAGGUCUGAAGAAUCUGGAGGAGGUUGAGGUCAACGGCGUGAGCACAGAGGAAGACGCCACUGCCGAACCUGAGAAGCCGGUUGAUUGUACGACGCCAGGCAAGAAGAAGGGUAAGAAAAAGAAGUCUGAUGAAGCCGCAGUGGUCGAGGUAAAACACGCUGAAAUCACGUCAGUUGGCGAGGAAGACGUCACAGCGGCGCCGCUCAAAAAGAAGACAAAGAAAAAGCGCAAACAGGAGGUCGCAACACUCGAAGCCUCAUCUGCUGCAACGCCACUGAAGAAUAAAAGAAAAAAGAAUGAGAAAGAGCCCGCAGAGGAAGAGGAUGGAGCGGUGGCGGAAACCCCUCAGGUGGAUGCUGAGGAACUGCCCAUCACCAUGACAACACCAGCAAAGAAGAAGAAAAAGAAGCCGGCGGCAGCCCAGGUGGAGGAGAUCAAUGAUCAGACGGUCGGAGGUGAAGAUGAAACCGACUCUUCCUCCGGGAAAGUGGCCAAGAAGAAGAAGAAGAGGAAGAUCCCCGUGGUGUUCGAGUUCGAGGCCGACGAGCUGGAGGCGGAGGCGGCGGCGGCGAUCAACGGCAUUGCAGAAGAAAAAGUGACGACUGUAAAGAAGAAAAAACUGCUCGGCGAUGUCGGAGAGCCGUCAACUCCUCUGAGCGCUAAAAAGUCCCAGAGGAAGGUGAAGACUCCCGCGGGGUCGGCCUUCAUCACCUUUCAGAGCGGCGCCGCCACCCCGACGCCACUCUACUGCAAAACCAAGGGAGGUCGCGGCACCCCGCCGUCCAGAAAGAAGAAGACUCAAACUCCCAAAUCAGAAUCCAAAAAGGUGACCUUCGGCCUGAAGAACAAUAAGACAGCCGAGUUUAGGAAGACCGAUCGCAGCCUGCUGGUGAGUCCAGACGGGUCGUCACGAGUUCCCUUCGACCCGCAGCAGAAACCCAAGUUCGGGGUCUUAAAGUCUCCAGGGACGCCGCUCUCCAGCAAGCUCAAAAAGACCACCAACGGCACCAGGAAGACCGGCCCCGACGCCCCAAAGAGCAUGCCCAAGCGACGGCCCUCGGCGGCGGACUUCUUCUGACCGCCGGCGAACUCUUUAACGGACUGAUCUCAAACAGUUUUUGGAGAGAUGAUAUAUAUAGAAGUAUUUUUAUGUUUAUCUGAUGUCAGUGUUGCUUUCUGCCUUCCUCGGGUGACGUUUUAAUAAAGUUGCUCAUUCCAGUUUUUUCAAUUUUUAUCCAGUUUGUGUGAAUCAGUUUGAUUAAUGUGGAGAAAGUAUAUUUUGAGGAAAAUGUACGUAUUUUUUUAAGGAGAAAAACUGUAAUAAUUGAGUCAAAUUCAAAACAUUUUAAUGCAUUUUUUAGACAAAUUAGUAAAAACCAAUAAACCUAUAACUUUAA